CGGGACGGCACAGAAUUCGAGCCCUGGUAGUGACGCAGCAGCACCAUCAAUAGCGAGCCUUGGUGACGCGUCCCCUCCAUGGCCACUCGCGAGCAUCACCUGCGUUGAGAGGGGACCCCUCCAUCUGCCCUCGCAUCCGUGUUGUGAGUUCUCAGGGGCGACUUGCCACCCGCCUAUCGCUCCCUCUCAGAGAGGCUCUCGCUUCGCCAGGGAAGACUUGCCACUAGCCAGUCGUGUGGUGUUGCGGAUUCUUCCUCUCCCGCUCCCGCCAUGGCCGCUCGCCCGUAUCUCCCGCCGCAGUCGCAGCGCCCGCCGCAGUUCUGGCGGCCGGGAGCGCCGCGGCCGGGCGAGUCGCUCGCGUCUCGGGCGUCGCUAGCGGUGGACGCGGACGGCGCGGAUGCUGACGUGUCAAUAGCCACGCUGGCCAGUCCCUUUGCGCAGAGCGGUCGCGAGAGGCUGCCAGUGUGCAAGCACAGGGAGGGGAUUUUAUACCUGGUGGAGACACAUGCAGUCACCGUGGUGGUUGGGGAGACGGGCAGUGGCAAGACCACCCAGAUACCGCAGUACCUUGUGGAAGCAGGGUGGGCGGCAGGAGGGCGGGUGGUGGCAUGCACCCAGCCCCGGCGAGUGGCGGCGCAGAUGGUGGCAGGUCGAGUCGCAGAGGAGAUGGGCGUGGCUCUCGGGGAGAGGGUGGGCUACAGCAUUCGCUUUGAAAACGUCACCAUGCAGGGCGUAACGCAGAUCAAGUUUCUCACAGAUGGGGUGCUUCUGAGGGAGAUGAUGGAAGACCCCUUGCUCUCCAGAUACAGUGUGAUUAUGGUGGACGAGGCGCAUGAGCGCAGCUUGGCAACGGAUAUUCUCCUUGGUCUUCUUAAGAAGGUGUUGAGGCGGCGACCCGACCUCCGACUAGUCAUCUCAUCUGCCACGCUGGCAGCUGAUGACGUGGCAGCCUUCUUUGACACCAGCCACGAGAAGCCCAAGGUGGUCCUUGCGAAUGCUCCCAGCCGCAAGCCGGCGAUCAUCUCAGUGGAAGGGAGGAGCCACCCCGUGCAGCUGCUGUAUUUGGAGGAGGCGACCUCGGACUACCUGCAGUCAGCGCUUGACACUGUACUCGCCAUCCACUGCCAGGAACCCCCUGGGGACAUACUUGUGUUUUUAACGGGGCAGGAGGAAGUGGAUACUCUGGUGCAGCUUAUAGCGGAGCACAGCAACAGCUACACUCCCUCGUCCGAGAAACUGAGGGACCUGCAGGCGUUUCCUCUGUAUGCUGGGCUGCCAGCUGGGGAUAUCGAGGCAGCGUUUGCCCCCACCCUCCGAGGGCGCAGGAAGGUGCUGGUGGCAACCAACAUUGCAGAGACGUCCCUAACCAUCGAGGGCAUUGUGUACGUGGUCGACUGUGGGUUUGUCAAGCAACGAUUCUUUGACCCUGUGUCCAACGUGGAUGCUCUGCUGCUGGUGCCCGUGUCACGGGCGUCAGCUCAGCAAAGAGCAGGCCGGGCGGGGAGAGUCAGGCCGGGGAAAUGCUACAGGCUUUACACGGAGCACAGCUACAUGACGGAUCUUGCCGCCCACACAAUCCCAGAGAUCCAGCGCUCAGAUCUCACAGCUACAGUGCUGCAGCUCAAGUCCCUCGGCAUUGACAACAUCAUGCGAUUUGACUGGCUCUCGCCGCCCGCGCCGGCCGCCAUGAUCCGCGCACUAGAGACGCUCUUUGCCGUCCGGGCGAUGGACAUGGACGGCAGACUGACCAAGCCAGUUGGAGUUCAGCUGGCAGAGCUCCCUCUGGACCCCCUCGUUGCCGUCAUGCUGCUUGUGUCCGCCAAUGCUCCUGGCACCAGUGCUGCUGGUGCUGCUGGCAGUGCGAGAGAGGGUGGCGGUGGUGUAAGUGGGAAGGAAGAGGAGGAGGAGGCGGAGGAGGAGGAGGGGGAGGGGGAAGAGGCGGAUGGCUGCUCGGAGGAGAUGUGCACCGUUGCUGCAUCGCUGUGCGUGCAGUCAGUGUGGGUGGGCAGCGGUGGCAGGCAGCGGGAGUCCGAUCGACUCAAGGAGAGAUUCGCGGCUGCAGAGGGCGACUUCGUGUCCUACCUCAACGUGUAUGAGGGCUUCAUUCGCAGCGGCCAGUCAUCCAAGUGGUGCCACGCCAAUGGCAUCAACUACCAGGCUAUGUUGCGGGUGGCCGACGUGCGAGGGCAGCUGCGGAGGGGGCUGAGGCGCCUGGGGCUGAAGCUACUGUCAUGCAGGGGUGACGUCAUGCUUGUCCAGCGGGCAGCAGCCGCAUCUCUCUUCGUCAACGCUGCUCAACUCAUGACCGAGGGUGACGGAUCAACGUACAAGUCUGUCCGGGGCAAUCUGCAUCUCAAGAUCCACCCAUCCUCCGUCCUCUUCAGAGUGGCGCCACAGUGGGUGGUUUAUCGCACUGCUUCACAAGCUGACUCGUUACUGUACAUGCGAGACGUUACUGUAGUUGAGAAAGAGUGGCUGUUAGACGCCGCACCACACUUAUUCACCAAGAGGCAGAUUGGCAUCCCCACAAGAACAUGAGCUUGAGAUCUGGCGUGAAGUGUUUUACGGUGUUGUGCUCCCUCGAUGGUGUAGCAGUCCUUGUACACUAGUGUAAAUACAUACCAUCACCAUAA